AUGACAAUGAUGAACACCACGAAAUUCGUCCCUUUCCCGGACGCAUUUAAUAUAGAUUUCGUCCUUGAGGGAACAAAAAUCGCUGCGGAAACUCUCGACCUCUAUGAAAAGCCAACUGAUAAACUUGGCACAAACUGCAUCGAAUAUCCUAUCACACAAAAGGUUAUCAUCCUUGGUAUCGUUAAGAGAACAAUCCACUUAGAUUUCUACAGGAAGCGUCUCAGCAUCCGUGGCAAUUUUGAAGGCUCUGUCUUUGAAAUCCGCGGCAAUUUAAUUAAGAACUUCGAAAUUGAUGAGAAGGAUAAAUUCUUAGUCCGUAUUUCAUUUACUACAAGUCAGUCUCCACAAGAGUUCUGGAUGGAAACUGCCGAAAAUAUUAAGAGCCUCUUCGACGCACUCACCGAGUUCGUUGAUUGCUGCUCUCGUAAGAAAUAA